UUAUUUAUGUGUCUAGACUGGACACACAUUUGCUGCAGUGUCUGUAUCAAGGGAAUCAGAAAGGGUAUUCUCCACAAUUAUGUGUAGAUCUGUCAGUAACAAUAAUUAGCCCCGGGUGCUCUUGUAUCACCUGCUUCCUUAGGUGUUGAUCCAGAACUCUGGAAUUUCACAGUCCACUUCCUGAAUAUACCAUUGAAAAGCCACACUUGGAGUCAAGUAUCUUCUCAUGAGCAAAAUCGAACUGAUAAAAAAUGCUAUGAAUCUGUCUUUGAGUUUUAUGUGGAGAGAGAGAUGCCAGAGUAAUGUUCUGGUGAUAAGAGGCUUUACUGUGCAGAUCUUAAAAAAAAACAAAAACCAAAAACACACAUAAACAAAAAAAAAAAAAAAAAAAAAAAAGGAAGAAGAAACCAAAACCCCCCCAAAGCUCCAGUUUUGGCUUGGUUUUAUAGUGCCUUAAUCUGAGUAGUUCUGUCUGAAAUGCCCUGAGCUGAGUCUACAUGCAGUGAUGCUGACACACUGUCUUGUAUUGGCCCAUUUGCUUCCUAUCCGGCAGCAGUGUAAGGUGCAAACCAGUGAAAAAUCAAGACUCAUUGGCCAGAUUCUCAUCUGGAUUUCCCAGGUAGAGAUCUGAGCUUUCUUGGGAGCCUCCAACAUAUAUCAAAGAUCAGAAUCUCAGGUCUCAUUUUAUGCUGUAGCACUUGUGGAUACUGAAAAAUCAAAAGAAAAAUGUCAGGAAAGUGCAGGAAGAAAUGGCCCUUACCCUUCAGGUGCAAUCUCUGCAGUGCAAUAUGCCAGACUUGAUAGGAAUGAGGGAAAAGUCAAGGAAAGCCAACUUUCCUGUCACUCCCCAUGUGGCAGUUGAUUUUUUUUUUUUUUAAGGAAUUGCUCCCUUUUCCCUCCUUUGCAGACCCAUGUCACACAGCUGUGUUCAUGCAAUGCCUCCCUAUUUCCAAUGGUUCUGAAUGUUGUGGAGGCAGAAGUCACUGCUUUGGCUCAGAUGCUCCAUCCCUGUCCUGGCAGCUUUUCCCAAGCAGUUUCACCCAGUCUCAGCUCAGGGGUUUUAUGUUGUUUCUCUGCUGGCAGCCACUGAUUUUUUUCUCUCUCCAGGACGUGGGGCUGCUGGAGAUCCCCGCAGAGCUCUCAGCCCUCCUGCACUUUGUUGAAGGUCGACACCGAGCCCAGGCCAACCAGAUAACUGAGACACAGCCCCCAGAAGUCAAGGUCAAGGAUGACCUUUCCCUCCCAGCCACCAUCAACAGCUAUCCCUUCUCCUCCUUCAUCAAAUCACACUUCCAGAAACCAGAUUUCCCUGCCCCUGGUCAGCCUCUGCAGCACCCUUUAACCCACCUGGAUGCUGAACACCAGGAGAGUGCACUUGAGAUAAACAAACUGAUUUUACGGUUCAUUGGUGACAAGAGCCUCCGUGGCUGGCAGGAGAUCCUGCUGGGCAACUACAUUGCUGGGAGAGGUUUGAGUGAUGCUGCUCUGCGCAACGAAAUCUUCAGCCAGGUGGUUUCCCAGACCUGGAGGAACCCAGACACGGAGCACAGCCGGCGAGGCUGGGUCCUGAUGGCAACUCUGCUGAGCUGCUUUGGCCCCUCACCAGCACUGGAGAAGCCGCUGCUGAAGUUUGUGUCAGACCAUGGCAUGGAGGGCUACAGCGCUGUUUGCCAGCGCAAGAUGCUGACAGCAGCUCAGGGCACAGAGACAGAGCCUGCACCCUCUCGGGCUUACCCUCCCACCCAGCUGGAGUGGACAGCAAACCAGAGGAGAGGGAAGAUGGUGCUGGAUGUUCAUACCUUCAAUGAGGAGAAAUUCUCAGCUGAGGUGGAGUCCUGGAUGACUGGGGAGCAGUAUGCAGCCUGGAUCCUGAGUGCAAGGGGCUGUGAGAAGAAGGCUCGAGGGUGGUCUAUCUCCAUGUUCACUGGCAACACAUGGCAGGACCUGCUGGGCUGUGACUUUGUGCUGGACCUAAUUGGAGAGAUGGAGGACACCAGCAACUUCAGCAGCUCCUCCCAGGCCCCCACUGAGUACCCCAUCACUCCAGAAAGGGACAGGAGCAUCCCCCAGGCCUCUGACCUGGACAUGAUCCCUCCUGCUCCAGGUAUCCAGGCCCCUGCCUUCCCCCCACCCAGCCUUCCUCCAGAACUUAUUGGUCUCCAUCCAGAUCCAAGGUUUAGAGAUGACCUGAGGACCCCUGUAGGCUUGGAUCACUAUGUGGAUGAUCUCUUCAGCCCUGUGCUGCAUCAGGGCUCCAGAGUGCCUGAGAUGGAGAACAGGGAGAUUCUCAGCAGACGCAUGAAAGGAGGGGGGAAGAUUGGACCCACACAGAGAGGAAUCCUUCCUUCUGCAGGCUUCUCUGGAAUGACUCAAACACCAGUUUACCAGCCCAUGCCCUCCAUGGUGGGGAUGCCAGCAGCCAUGCCCAUGAUGCCAGGGGCUGCUGGGAUUGCACCUAUGCCAGCCAUGGUGAUGCCCCAGCCCAUGGUGCCAGCUGUAGAUCCCAGCCAGUUGGCAGCACAGCAGCAAGCCUUUAUCAACCAGCAAGCCAUGCUCAUGGCCCAGCAGAUGACCCUUCAAGCCAUGAGCAUUUCCCAGCAGCAGCAGCAGCAGCAGGAGCUGCAGAAGCGACAAAAGUCUCUUGAGAAUGCAAAGCCAAGAGUCUCAAGCCCAGCACAAGCCUCAGCCCCAGCCACUCUCCCAAAACCCAAGAAUUCUUCCAGCAGCCAGGCUGCUGCAACACCAUCAAAUUCUCCAGAGCCAGCAGCUAAGGCAAAAGAGCCGGAUUAUGACUACAUGGAAGAGGAGUUCUCCAGCAAUGAGGAUGAUGACUAUCCUCGGGAAACCUUCCAGCAGAAGAGAGAAUACUUCCAAAAGAUGGGAGAGCAGCACAUUCGAGUGAAGAAAGUCAGACCUAGCAAAACCUGGACUCCUCCAGCAAAACCCCAGCCAGAGGAGGAGGAGGAGGAGGAAGAAGAAGAAAGAGAGGAUCUGGAGAAGAGGAAAAGAGAGGAGCUGGAGAAGAAAAAAGAAGUGAAGCCUGUCCCUAAACCAGAGUCAGCUCCUGCUUCCCCUCUGCCACCUCCUGAGCCAAAGCCAAAAAAAGAGACACCAAAACCAAAGAAGCAGCCAACUGUAGUGAAGCCUUCAGGCCCUGAGUCACGUCCUGCACCCAGCCGUGAGAUUGGGAACAUCAUCAAAAUGUACCAGAGCAGACCAGCCCCCGAGCCCCUGCCCAUCGAGCCUGCCAGGCGAGUAUCCAAACCAUUUAUAAAGAAGAACGACCCCAAAAAUGAGGCUCUGGCCAAGCUGGGAAUGAUGAAACCCUCACCUCAGCCAUCACCAUCUCCUGUGCCACAGGAGAAGAAAACACCUCCACCUGUCAAGCCCAAGCCAAGCCCAGCUUCCAGCUCUAUCAAGGAAAAGCAGUUGCCUCUCCUGUCCAUCUUCAAACCAGAGGGUGCCCCACCAGCUCCCCAGGUCCCUUGUGCUCCCCCUCAUCCCCCACCAGCACCUGAGGACCAAGGCAGGCAGGAAUCCACAGGGAAAGACUCUGCUGUGACAGUGGCAGGUGAUGAUGAGAUCAAGACCCAGCUGUACAAGCUCACCACCAGUGUCAGCUUUUCCUAUCUCGACCCUGCCUGGAAAAUUUUUCUGCGCAAAGAGGUGUUUUAUCCCAAAGAAAAUUUCAGCCACCCUUAUUGUCUGAACUUGCUGUGUGAACAGAUCAUCCGUGACACCUUCUCUGAGUCCAGCUUUCGGAUCUCCAGGGAGGAGAGGCGCAAGAUGAAAGACCUGCUGAUGGAGUUCCGAGUUGGCAACAAUGUCCAGUCCAUUCAGGAGGAGGGGAUAAAGAAGAGGAUUGUCGUGGCUGCUCGGGACAACUGGGCCAACUAUUUCUCCCGUCUUUUCCCUGUUCAUGGUGAAAAGGGAAGUGAUGUGCAGAUCCUGGGUGUUUCUCACCGGGGCAUGAGGCUGCUGAAGGUGGAGAAAGCAGCUGGAUACCAUCCUGAGCACCUUAAAAUCCUGCGCAGCUACUGCUUUGCAGAUGUGCUGUCAGUGGAGAUGAAAGGCAGCAAUUUCCUGGAGUUCUCCCUGAAGACAGAGCAGCUCAUCCUGCAGUCUCCAAAGGCUCCGUGCAUCAAGGCCAUGGUGGAACUCUUCAUGCAGGAGCUGAGGCAGGACACCAACUAUGUGGUGGCUCUGCGCAGCUACAUUGUGGAUGACAAGAGCCUGCUCAGCUUCAAGAAGGGAGACCUCAUCGAGCUGCUGCCCAUGCAGGGCGUGGAGCCAGGGUGGCAGUUUGGCUCCACUGGCGGUCGCUGUGGUCUCUUCCCCACCAGCCUGGUGCAGCUGGCUCCUGCCCCUGACUACCUCAGCACCAGCAUGGACAGACGGGGAGAGCAGCAGAAGAGCAUGAGGGCGUCCCCAGAGAGCAAGAACACCAGCAGGGAGAGUUCUGUCCUCAGUCUGACACCAGGAGCCACCAGCACCACGUUAGUCCCUGCUGGUGACCAUUACACAAUGAUUGACUUUGCCAGCGCCUACUUCCGAGAGGCUCCGUCCAUGCAGGGCCUGAAGGGGACCUCUGCUGAGAAGAAGAGUGUCACUGACCUGGUGCGGCACACCAAGGUCCCAAUCCAGGCGUCUUUGCUCCGCUUCUCUGACAGUGAGCUGAACGAGCUGGCUACAAAGAACUUCCAGACGCUGAUGCGGUUCAUGGGAGAUCAGCAAAAACACAAGCACCAGACUGAGGUCCAAUGCAUCUAUGAAAUCCUUCAGCUGUGCAAGGAGAAGGAGGAUUUGCAUGAUGAGAUCUACUGCCAGGUCUUCAAACAGGUCACCCACAACCCUCAGCAGGAGAGUGAGAUGCGGGGCUGGCUGCUCCUAAACCUGCUCACUGGGUACUUCCUACCUUCCAAAACCCUGUUGCCCUAUGCCACCAAGUUCCUGCAGCUGGCCAGCAGUGAUCCAUCCAGCACCCACCAUGAUAUAGCCAAGAUCUGCCAGAGCAACCUGCGUAAAAACUUCCUGUACGGGGGCCGUCGGCACCUCCCCUUCACUGUGGAGAUGGAGGCACUGCUGAAGGGACACGGUGCUCGGCGGCUGGUGGUGCUGAUGCCUGGAGGCAUGGAGUAUGUCACCAGGAUCAGGACAUUCACUGUGGCCAAGGAGCUCUUGCAGGAGAUUUGUGAGCAGAUGGGAAUAGGUGAACAGCAAGAGAUACAGGACUUUAUUCUCUUUGCUGUGAGGAGUGAUGACAAAAAUCUUGGUAAAAUGGUGAGGCCAAUAAAACUGGAGGAGUAUCUCCAUGAUUACCUGCUGGAGGACAAGCUGGUCUCUGUGACCUUACGCAGGCUCACCUGGGGGACACCUCUGCACUUUGACAACCAAGUUUACACAGAUGUCCAUUACGGGCAGGUGCUGUGGGAUUACCUGAAUGGGAGGAUCCUGCUGAAUCAGAGUAAAGAAAUGGAGACGGAGGUGGGCCUUUUGGCAGUGUUCCAGCACUGGGCCAAAGGGGACCAGCAGAACUCUGCUCCCUCCAGGGAAGAGCUGAAGGAAUACACUCCAAAGACCCUGCAGGCCUCCAUCAGCCCCAAGGCUCUGCACAACAACGUGGCCACACUGCUGAGAACAAGGCAGCCUCUCCAGCCACUGGAUGCAAAAAUCCAGUUCAUAGAGCAUGUGAUGAAAUUGCCUUUCUUUGGCUACACCAUCUUCCUCGUGGAGAGAAUCAGUGAUGAGAUGGUCCCUGUGCCCUGUUUCUUUGGUGUGAACAAGGAGGAGAUCAUUAUGGUGGAUGGCACCAGCCAGGUGGUGUCCCGGGCCAUUCCCCUGCAGGAGCUGCAGAAGAUGCGCACCCUGAGGCCGGUCUCUGAUGGGGGCCUCCCUGGCCUGGAGCUCCUCUAUGGCUCCCCUGACAGCCCCAGGGCCAUGUGGGUGGAACUGUCACAGGCCAAAGAACUGUACCACACGAUUGUUGUCAUCCUGGAUAAAACAGAGCUGCACUCCUAG